GAUGAGCCGCAGGUAGUGGUGGCGGUCGCAUGGGCAGCCUACCUGACCUGACGGAGCGCUCGCGGCCGGUGGUACGCGCCGCCUCUCGCACCGUGUCCGACCCGCAUCGACACCGCGCAGUCCUUACACAGAUACCAGUGAGCACGAUAUACAAGAAAGAAUGGCCGUGGAAGAAGCCGAAAGCACCCAUCCGAGUAGCAGCGCCGGCCAUCGCGCCUCGCCGGCGAGACUCGGCCGCGUCCUCCGUAGGGGCCGCGUCAGUACGCCGACUCCUAUCACGACAACCCCCCAAGCUCCCGAAGCCCUUAGUCCAGCGAUUCUCACUCCUCUGCGUGUCCAGUGGCCUUUGCGCUACAGCUCUUCACCCAUUCACGGCCUUCGCUGGAGCCGAGGCCGGUUCCUUUCCCCUAGCCAUUAUGCACACAGUAGCGGCAAUAACAGCCCCCUUCUCACCACUUAUACUGCAAAAGACUGGUACGAAAGUCGUGAUUACAAUCGCUCAUACCCUUGUGUGUCUUCUUCUGACAGCUCAUACAGUCGCAACGCCAUUAAGUGUGUUGCUACCUCUGUAUGGGCUUUGUGGGGUAGCUCUGUCUCCAAUGUCUCUCGCUUUAGCAGCUUCCGCGACGUCUCUAGCACAAGCGGCUGGUGAUGAGUGUAGGAGGAAGGUGGCGCUGCGAAGGGCACUGCGCGCGCUCCGAGCGGCGCAGGAUGUGGGGCUCGUGUUCGGGUCGUUGUUGCUGGGUGGCGCUCUGAUCAUCUGGCCGGAGCAGAUCACGCCCCUGACGCCUGCGCCGGCUAAUGUCACCAUUCCGAAGCUGUCGCCUUCGGAAGAAUAUUUUUUGGAAGAUGAUUACGAGGAGCAAACAUGCGGUGCUUCAGGCUGCCCUGACACUCAAUCUACAUUAGGCACAGUACUGAGCGCUGAAGGGCGCCGAAUACUGGUGGCUGUGUGGGCAGCCUUAGCCCUGGCGUCAGUAGGGCUCGGAGUGUACGGGGCGGCGUCGACGCCAGCGCCGCCGCCAGACGCCCGCUCUGUGGCUAGAGACCCCCGGGCGAUUCUCGGCGUGCCCAUGGGACUGUUCAUCGGACUACAACAGGGAUUUAUUUAUACUUCUUAUUUAAAGUGGUACGGAGUGUGUGUAGACGGAUGGUGGUGUGCGUGGCGAGCGCUGAUCGGCGCCGGUACGCUCCAGGGCCUCGCCGCCGCCACCCUCAGCAUGGCAGCAGCGCGGGGACGGCGCGUCGCCCUCGCUGCAGGUGGAGGCGCGGCCCACGCGAGUCUUGUGCUGGCAUUACUGCGCUGGCGAGCUGCAAGAACUGAUCUUGCGCUACCUGCCCUUGCGGCUGCGGCUUGGGGCGCUUGCGCAUCGUUAUGGGAUGUUCUACAGGGAGGCAUUUGCAUCGGAGGGCCAGGGUGGCGAGGGCCCUGGUCGGCGGUGAUUUGCGCACGGCACGCAGGUCUCGCGAUAGCGUGCGCGGCACGUCACACCUUGUGCGUACGUGCGCAGCUGCCUGCGCUCGCAAUAGUCCUCGCCAUCGCCCUGGCCACGCACAUUGCCCUAGAACUUAGAUUACGAAGAGGUGAAACAAGCCGGCACAGAUCCUAGCGAAGACCCACAGCGACUCAGCUGGCCUCCUUGGGUCCGCCGUCGGACGCGGCGACCGAGGAGACCGAAGCGAGUUGCCAUGUGAUCAGUUAAUAAUCAGAAAUAAUGAGACUCUACCAAGAAUCUAUAUUGUUUCUAGUAAACGGGAAUUGUGUAAAGAGAUUCAAGGCCUGCGAUGUUUAUAUGUCAUAUUUCUCGUUGACUGAAAUACGGUUGGACACUUUAAAUCAAUAGGUUUAAAGGCAAUGGUUGAUCGAAUUCAGGUAUUUUUUAUUCGGCAGGUACGCGAUGGGCAGACAUAAAUGUAUUUUUGUAACUAAAUCUACGAUGAUUAGGUAUUUGUGACGCAAUAAAAAUGUAUACAAUUACAAUAAGACUUUCAUCUAUCGAACUUAUAUAUUGUAAGAAACUGUUCGCUACAUAUCUUGAUAUAAAACAUUUCAAUAGACAAAAUUUUUAUCCUUAGAAAUUAAGUUGGGAGACAAUUUCAAAUGUUCAACAUUCAAGUUUUAUAUUCCUCUGCAAACGUAUUUACAUUAUAAGAGAGAGAUUUUUUAUGUCUGACCGUAAUAUCGCGUAAUACACGUUCAUGAUGUGCUAAAAUAAGAAAAUAAUCUCACCUAU